AUGACUCAGGUGCCUGCUGACUACCUGUCAACCACCAGCUCCUACAACUAUGAGCCACCCCUCCCCUCCGUGGCUCGGGCCAGCACCCUCACCAAGGUCCCUCCAGCCAAGAAAAUAACCUUCUUCAAGAGUGGAGACCCUCAGUUUGCGGGAGUCAAGAUGGCCAUCAACCAGCGGAGCUUCAAGAGCUUCAACGCGCUCAUGGACGACCUCUCCCAUCGGGUCCCGCUGCCCUUCGGGGUCCGGACCAUCACGACCCCACGAGGAAUACACUGCAUCAGUGAGCUGGACCAGCUGGAGGAUGGAGGGUGCUACCUGUGCUCCGACAAGAAGUACGUGAAGCCCAUCAGCAUCACCUCCGGGGGACACAGGCCGGCCCCGCCGCGGAGCGGUCGCCCCUCCAGCACCAUGAGGAGAGCGGCUCAGGAGGGCAAGCUGGAAGAUUAUUCUGCACCUUUCACUCACCAUGGCCCCAGAAUACCCAAGAAAAUCACUCUGGUUAAGAAUGGGGAAAGCGGAUUUCGGCGUUCCAUCAUCCUGAACCGCAGAAAUGCCCGGAGUUUCAAAACGCUCCUGGAUGAGAUCACGGAGAUCCUGCAGUUCCCGGUGAAGAAGCUCUACACUAUUGAUGGGAAGAAGAUCGACAGCAUGCAGGCCCUGCUCCACUGCCCCAACGUGCUGGUGUGCGUCGGCCGGGAGCCCUUCAAACCUGUAUCCAUGGAGAAUUUGAGGAAACACUCGGUGGAGAAGCUGCCCAAUCUGCCUCCCCGCUCCAACAAUGGCAACAAUGUCAACGAGAACAAUGAAAUGAACUUUGGACUGAAAGCCAAAAAAAGUGUUAUCCAUCCACGGUCAGCAUCCAGCAACAGGUCGAUGAGAUUUUCCUUGUCAUCAGAAAAGUCGUACCCCAAUGGCCUCGUGGCCUCUCCAGACAACGGGGGACCCUUCUCCAAUGGCUGCUCUCACCCAAAAGCUGGGGACCUGGUCCAGUCCCUGGUCAACGAUGACAUCGAGAAGCGGGUCCACGUGAACAAGGACGGGAGCUUGUCCGUGGAGAUGAAGGUUCGCUUCCGCUUGCUCAACGAUGAGACUUUGCAGUGGUCCACCCAGAUCAAAAAGUCCAACCUGAUGAACCAGCUGCCUUGUGAAGAGUCAGGAGUGGAGGAGGACAGCGGAGCAGAUCCCCUACAGAAAAUGAACCCAGAAGCCAGCUCAGAGGCAGAUGAUUCCUUAUAUCCCUGCGAUAUCGAUUCCUACAUGUCCAAACUUGAGGAAUCAGAAUAUGACGAGGCCCACUGUCACAGCUGUGGAAAGAAACACCAGGACUAUGACAUUUGGAAGAACCCCAUGCACAUGUCCCAGAGGGAAGAGCCCGGCGUGCGAAGCACCUGGCACACGCGGUCGUCAUGCUCCAGCACAUCUUCCCGAAGGAGAGUAGUCCACAAAAAAAUGACAUCUGUGGACAGCAUCCACACCACAUCCAGUGAGGAAUUCUCUGAGCACAUUGUGAGAGAGUCCUCAUCCUACUCAGAGACUAUAAAGAACAGAGUGGCGUAUCGAUCUGUUAAAAAGUGUGUGUGCCGAAGUGAUUUAUCCACAGGUGCUUCCAAUGGGGAAGAACAGCAGGAAUACACCAGGACAAGCACAGGAAACAGCCAGAGACCUUCAUCCUUGGGCUUGAUGUCACAUUCAAGCUGUGAAAACAACCUGGAUACUCAAGACAGCCCUGAAGACCAGGAGAUCACCAAAAUCAUUUCACAAAAUGAGGAUGCAAAUUGUUUUGAAGCUUCCUCUGUGAAGUGCUUGAAGGAUGACCCAGAAGAGGUUGAAAGCAGCAGAGUCGGGAGUGUCAUGUCCAGGUCAUCCCUGCAGUCCAGGCAGAGCAAGAAGAACGUGUGUGAGGAAGUGAGCAGCGUGGGCAGGAGCAUGUCCUCCUCAAGCCUUCAGAAGGCAAACCAGGGAGAGAACAGCCAGUGCUCCACCCCUGCCAACAGCGUGCACAGCAAGUCCAGUAACUGCACCACACCAAAAGAAAAGGCUGACACCUCUGAGGACAACCCAGUGGUGUCCUCUUUCUCCAGUGAGUCCUGCCCCAAGAAGGAGGCUGAAGAGGUGGAAGCAGAGCAGGAAGAAAGUGAAGUCAAUGAAGUCAGCUCAGUACAGACAAACAGGAAAAAUCUUCGUGUGAAGGUGUCAAACUCCAGCCGGGCAUCGGUGUCGGAGACUAUGUCAGUGUGCAGUCUGCAAUGCCCCGCCCCACCAAAAGGGAAGCCAAAGAGAAAAAAUAUGCGUGCAACCAUGUUGAAGAAUUCCUCCAUCAGCAGCAUCGGCACUGAGUCCGUGCUGACCGCAGGGAGAGAGCAGAAAGAAAUUGUGGAUUCCUCCAAAGCAACAUCCUACGGCUCUAAAUCUGCUGCAACCGAAGGAAAUGGUCAGAAUAAUAAAGAGAUUGAUGAUUCUUGCAACAAAAAAACAGAGGAAGAGGUAGAAGAUGCUGGUGUUCAGGAGGAAGGAGGUGAUUUAAUGCCAUCAGCUCUACCAAAUACAUCUCCAGAAGAAGUUGUGCAAGAAUGGCUCAGGAAAAUCCCUUCGGAAACAUUGCUUAUGAAAUAUGAAAUGGAAGAUGAUGGAGAAGAGGAACAUGCAGAGUCAACCACUGAGGUGUCACACUGUACAAAUGCUGAGGAAGCCCCGGAGGAGGAAAAAGCUGAGGAAAAGAAUGAGGAGGAGGAGGAGGCUGAAAAGGAUGAAGUAAAGGAUGAAGAAAAGGAUGAAGCAAAGGAUGAAGUGGAAGAAGAGAAAGCAGAAGACACAGCUGUGGUUGAAGAGGCUGAAGAAUGCGUGAACCAGGAAGAAAUCUCUGAGGUUCCACCUGAAGCUGCUGAAAAUGAGCAGGCAGAAUGCAACAAGUCAGUUACAUCCAGCCAAAAUAACAACAAGAGAGACCUUCCAACCUCUGUCCAAAUGUCUGUCCAGAUCAUGAAGGCCUUGCUCAGCUCAAAGCAGGAGACCAAAUUUGACCGAUCAAACAGUUUGCCUGAAGUGUCCCCCACAAUGGGGAGGAAACUGAGUAACUCCGCCAACAUUUUGAUUACUUGUCUUGCCAGCCUCCAACUCCUUGAUGAAGAGUCAGAGGAUCCAUCAGAAAACUCAAAACAUUUGAAUAAGUCAAGGUACACGGAGCUGCUGAAUAUUUUUCAAGCCCUGUGGUUUGGGUGCACUGCUGAAAGGAGUGGCCCAAGUUCAGGCCAAGAGGAAAGCAAGGUGGCAAAGCCAGUGUCUGGGUCUAAAGCCCCAAAAUCCAUGGAUCAUGCCUUCACUCCCAUGUCCUCCUCUGGGGUUGAUGUUUGCAGUUGCUCUGGUGGCUCAGGAGAAGAGUGCACAGCUGGUGCCACAUUGGUGGCACAGAAAACCAUGGAAUGCAAAUCAGCCGAGCAAAUGGAAAAUGCAGAGACUGGCACAGAAGUGACUGAGGUUGAGGAGCAAAGUAAAGAGGAAGAGCAGCCAUCCCGCCCUUCCACAGCCUGCUCAGAGGCAAAAGGUGAGGAAAAGGCAGAGUCUGCUAGAGAGGAGUCUGUAAUCCAGGAGGAAGAAGAGAAUAAGGAGGAUCAGGGCAGUAACUGUGAGCAUGGUCAGGAGGAAGGGGAAGAAAAGGAAAAUGAAGAAGAAAACAAAUUAGCUGAAGCUGGAGAACAAGAAGAAGUUGAAGCUGUGAAUGAUGAAGUCCCACAAGAAAACCCUGAAGAAGAAGCUGACCAGCCAGAGACCACUGGUGAUGCCAAUGUUGGUGAUGCUGAUGUUGGGAUGGAGCCGAAAGAGGAGUUGCAGGAGCAGCCCCAAGAAGAGUCCCCAAAUGACCCCGAGCCCAAAGUCAAUACAUCCACCAGUGUGGGCACAUCCCUUGUCCAGCAAAACUCCGUGGAUCCAGACCCAACCUGGGUCCUGAGACUACUCAAGAAAAUCGAGAAGGAGUUCAUGGCUCACUACGUCAAUGCCAUGAACGAGUUUAAAGUCAGGUGGAACCUGCAAGACAACCAGCAGAUGGAUGCAAUGAUACUGGAGCUGAAGGAGGAAGUGAGUAAAAGGAUACAAAAGAGCAUAGAGAAGGAAUUGAGGAAGAUUAAAAGCAGGGCUGGAAGGAGGAUGCCGAGACCUCCAGAGGGGCCACCCACACGCGAGUCCAAACUCCAAACCGAGCAGAGGAGAUGGCGACUGCAAACUAUGCAUAAAAAGUCCCUCUUUGGGGACAAGAAUGGUGCCCAGAUGAGGCUGGAGGAGACAUCAGACUUAUCAUAUGAUGUAGAUAAUGACUUUAACCUUAGUGCAGCUUUGGAGGACAGCAUGAACGAACAAUCCCGUGAGGAGGAAUAUUGUCCAUGUGACUCCUGUGUGAGGAAAAAACUGGCUUCCAGGCCUGCCAGAGCCCCUGUGGUCGCCACCAAUGCCCCAGUCAUGAAAGCCUUUGAUUUGCAGAAAAUCCUGAGGCUGAAGAAAGAUGGCAAUGAGGAAGCCAUUGUUGCAGAAGCAGCCCAGGACACCAAAACACUUCCCAAUGGUUCUGUGGAAGAAGGGGCAGAAAACGAGGAGAAGGAUGAGGAGCAACCUCAGGCAGGUGAAACAGAAGUGGAAGAAGAAGAAGGAAAAGAGCCAGAAUUAAAUGAAGAUGAUGGCACAACAUUGAAUGGAGAUGGAGAGGAACCUGAAGAAGAACCAGAGGAGGAGGAAGGGAAGGAGGAAGAUGAAGAAGGAAAGGAAGAAGCAGAAGGGAAAGAGGAAGAGGAAGGGAAGGAAAGAGAGGAAGAAGCAAAAGAGGAGGAGGAAGCCAAAGAGAAGGAGGAAGAAACCAAAGAGGAGGAAGAAGAAACCAAAGAGGAGGAGGAAGAAACCAAAGAGGAGGAGGAGGAAGAAGCCAAAGAGGAGGAAGAGGAAGAAGCAAAAGAGGAAGAUGAAGAAGCCAAAGAGGAGGAGGAAGAGGCCAAAGAGGAGGAGGAGGAAGCCAAAGAGGAGGAGGAGGAAGAAGAAGAGGAGGAAGCAAAAGAAGAGGAAGAGGAAGGGAAAGAGGAAGAAGAAGAAGCAAAAGAAAAGGCAGAAGGGGAGGAGGAAGUAGAGGAGGGAGAUGAAGAAGCAGAAGAAGAGGAAGAAGCCAAAGAGGGAGAGGAAGAAGCUAAAGAGGAGGAGGAAGAGGAGGAGGAGGAAGGGAAGGAGGAGGAGGAAGAAGCCAAAGAAGAGGAAGAAACAAAAGAGGAGGAGGAAGCAAAAGAGGAGGAAGAAGAAGCAAAAGAGGAGGAGGAAGAAGAAGAAGGGAAGGAGGAGGAAGAAGAAGGAAAAGAAGAGGAGGAGGAAGGAAAGGAGGAAGAGGAAGAAGCUAAAGAAGAGGAGGAGGAAGGAAAGGAGGAAGAGGAAGAAGCUAAAGAAGAGGAGGAAGGAAAGGAGGAAGAGGAAGAAGUCAAAGAGGAGGAGGAAGGGAAGGAAGAAGAGGAAGAAGUCAAAGAGGAAGAAGCUAAAGAGGAGGAGGAAGAAGGGAAGGAGGAGGAGGAGGAAGAAGCAAAAGAAGAGGAGGAGGAAGUAAAGGAGGAGGAGGAAGAAGCCAAAGAGGAGGAGGAAGAAGUAAAGGAGGGAGAGGAAGAAGCAAAAGAAGAGGAGGAGGAAGGAAAGGAGGAAGAAGUGAAAGAGGAGGAAGCAGAAGAGGAAGAAGAGCAAAAAGAGGAAGAAGAAACAAAAGAGGAGGAAGGGAAGGAGGAAGAGGAAGAAGGAACAAAGGAAGAUGAGGAAGAAAAGGAAGAGGAAGAAAACCAAAAAGAGGAGGAAGAAGAAGAGGGAGAAAAAGAGGAGGAAGAAGCGAAGGAGGAGGAGGAAGAAAAA